CAAUAACAAUAAACAUUCACAACCGGCUAGGAGCUUGCUAUCAUUACCGCUAGUCAAGCACUAGCUCUACAGGUUUGUUUUCUGUUGUAUUUUAGCUAUUUUCUGUAGUAUUUCAGCCAACAAAAGUAGUAGUGAUGAAGAAGAAGAAAGUCGCUAAAGGAAAGAAAGCGAAGCCCGGGAAAGGAAAGCUGAAAAGCAAACAGGGGCCAAAAGCGGACAAAGAGCUGGAGGUCGAAAAGGCCAAAGCCAACGCUGCCCUCUGGGACCUGAGGUUACAAGUCACCGACAAGUCUCUCGUGCAGUACCGCGAGGUUUGUCGCAAAUUGGCACGCGCCAAUGAUGAACUCACUAAUCAACUGUACCGCGCGGAGAAAGACGCCAUCGAUAUAACAGACUAUUUGAAGAGAGAAGAUGCAGCGAAAGAGAAGAAGAUCAAUAUGCUGCAGCAAACCCUCAAAAGUCAAGAGGCACUAGCACACGAGGAGCAAAACAAACUGGUCGAAGAUUACACACUUCAAAUUAAUGAGAUGAAGGAGCUGUUCAGAAAGAAGUCCAGUGAUUUUAACAUGAUCCAGGAUGGAAUGAGAAAAAUGAAGGAGUUUGAGAAGAAGAAAAUCCAGAUGGAGCAGGAGCUCAGUGAUAUGAGAGAAAGCAUGGAUAUUGCUGCCAAGGAGCAUAGGGAAAACCUAAACAAGAUGGAGUAUAAAUUCUUCAAAGAAAAGGCUUGCCUGGAGAGGGAAGCUGAGCAAAUGAUAGCGCUGGUGGAGCAGAGGGCCCACAAUGAAGCCAUUGUGCAGCUGGACGAUGCCUCACACUCAGUGUUCAAGGAGAAUGUUCGUCUCACUGAAGCUCUGAAAUAUCACAUAAAGGAGGCAGAAGACCUGCAGAAAUUGUCAAACACUCUGGAAAAGGAAAAUGCCUCACUGGCCCUGGACAAGAGCAUGUUUGAGUUGCUGGUAAAGAAGAAUGCAGCUGACAUGGAGGCCCAAAAAGAUGAGAUAUCUAAACUGAGGACCAAGGUGGCUACUCUGGAGCAGGCCUUAGACCUAAAAGCUGGGAAACCUGAGCAAGAGGAAAAAAAGAAGGAGAAGAUGCUGGUUAGAACCCAGGCCAGCCAGGUGGAGCUGCAGAAGCUGCAGAGGGUCCUUGCCAUGCGGGAGAGGGAAUUGGGGCACCUCAAGCGGCUAGCGGGCACCAUUGUAGAGCAGCGCACAGAGCUGGAGCAGUUCUUCCAUGAGGCACUGGCUCAGGUGAAGCAGGAGAUCAUGGCCAGUAGGCUGCAAUACAAAACAGAGGCACUAAAGGCUUAUCACUGCAGGCUGAGAGAAGCCACAGCAGGGAGGUUAAAGUUCCCACCCAUCCGCACUUUCCAUAAAAGCCCCCACAGCACCAACUCUGUCUAUUCAGAUAUGGAUGCAGCUGCGAUGUGGACACAUCGACUAGGCAGCAAAGUUGAAAUCUCAGAUCUCACUUGGGAGCAGAAGGAACAAGUGCUCAGGCUUCUCUUUGCUAAAAUGAAUGGACAGAAGGAAAGGAAAACCAGCAGACAUCUGGCUUUGUCUGCUUCCUCAGAGAAGCGCCUUAUUGACAGUGAUGCUGCUGGAAUUAGAGAGGAGCUUUCCCCAGCAGCCUUCAUCACCCAGGCGCCUGAGUCUGUUCUGCCCUCGAUCCCAAACAUCCUUCCAGAUAUACACAUCGCAUGACCUCUGUGUGGCCUCUACAUUGCACAUCAUACUUUGGGUUUGUUUGCCUCUGUUUUGUCCUCUUCCCACAGAAUGUCAGUCAUGUGUUUACUAGAAUACAAUACGUUUGGCCUCAUCAGAAAUCUUACCAUGCGGGUAAACUCACCAGCCACUUUAUUGGGUACACUUGUAUGCAAUUCAAUGCAACACUUCCACCUUAACAUCUGUGUUUAUGAAGCUCAAGAUGUGUUUUUGGUAAAAUUGUCAUAACUGUGUUGAUUAUAAUUGGUCAUAGUUAAAGGUGAUGUACUGGACUGCAUUAUAUUCAGAGGUGCCUGUAUUUUUGUUUUCCCCAGCUACAU